UCAUCCAGGCUCGUUACUUGGAACGCAUUCAGUUUGUUUAUUUACAAAAUAGUCAACUCAAUCGUUGAGCACUGUGAUUUACAUAACUAUUUAUAUUAAAAUAAUUACAAAAGAAACUAAUUUGGAAUAGUACGCACUUUUGGUGCAGCGUUUGAACAUGGCCAAUCCUCCGACGCGAAGCCUUAUGAAGAUAUUGUUCAACAAUUUCAUCAAUUCGUUCAAACCCCGUCAACUGAAGGGCAACUUAAUGGGAGAAGAUUACCUUGGAAAUAAAUACUACGAGAUACCGGCAAAUCCGUCACUAGGGCAGCGGCGGCCCCAACGAUGGUUCGAACCAACCGAAAAGGAGGCCUACAAUCAGGAAGUUACAGCGGAAUGGGAAGCUUGGCUGCGCGGAAGAAGAAAGGAACCGCCAACCGAGCAGGAACUUCUGCGUAACCUCGCCAUCAUGAAGAUGAAGGAACGGAACGCAGCCGAAUUGGAAGCCAAAUACAGCAAACCGAAAGACGUGGCAGAACUACCGAAGAAUCCCACCGGAAUGGGAUCGUUUCCACAGUACGACGAGUACGAAAUCAUGCCGGGGAAGAAGAAGCAUGAAAAGUAGAAUAAUAAUAAAACUUAGAUGGAUUUCGGAUGAAACGGAACUCCUGGUGAUGUCAGUUUUAAAAUUAUAGCGUAAUUUAUUUGUUACUGAAGAGAAGCGUAAUUGUGUAUAUACAAUUAUAUUAGUAGGGAUAAUAAAUUGCUUUCUUGUUUGAAAAUCAUAA